UUAGAGGCACACGCACAGAGCAAAUAGGCUCGUUUUUUAGAAACUGUAAUUUCGUACAAUAAUAAAUAAGCUAUUUUUAUUCUAUUUACAAAUAAGAUGGAUGAAUAUGCAGCCGUUAAACGCGGAAAGCUUAAUUUAAAAGGUGUUAAAUCAAAGGCCAAGAAGCGUAAACAUAAAAAGACCGAGAAGUCUGAAGACUCCAAAGUAGACGAAGACGCCGUUAGACACGGCGGCUGGUGGAAAGUUUCCAAGAUAGAGGAUGUCACUGGAUCAAUAUCCAUUGAAUUUGGGAACAAUUCAUACGUGUCUGCUCUAGACAAUGGCCUUUUUACUAUUGGUGCACCACACGGUGACUGCGAGGGCCCUUCCCCUGAAGAGAUAUUCACAGCAUUUCCAGCAGGAGAAAAUAAAUUCGCUUUGAAAUCAGGUUAUGGCAAAUAUUUGGGAGUUUCUAAGGAUGGUCUUGUGAUAGGCAGGUCUGAUGCUGUUGGGCCCAUGGAACAGUGGGAGCCAGUGUGGCAAGAUGGAAAAACAGCAAUUUUGAGUUCUUUAAACAAAUUUAUGUCUGUUAAUGAGGACGAAUCUGUUGUGGCUCAAACUUCCUCUGCUGGAGAUCAGGAGUUCUGCAGUAUCCGUAGCAAUAAGACUAAAGAAGUUAAUAAGUCUGUACUUCCUGAAGAAGAGCAGGGAGACCUGGCAGAGGUGGAGGUUAAUUAUGUGAAAAAGUUCCAAAAAUUUCAAGACAAGAAAUUGCGAGUAAACGAGAGUGGAGUAUCAGAGUUGAAGAAGGCCAAAGUAGAUGGCAACCUGCAUGAGACAUUAUUAGACAGAAGAAGUAAAAUGAAAGCUGACAGAUACUGUAAAUAGUGUAUGAAUAAUAGUUAUGGAAAUCAAGUAUGACUUUUAUUUUCAGUUUCUUAUUUAUUUCAUAGCAUACAUAGUA